GUACCUCUGGAUGGCAUCCAAGUAGAGGGUAUUUAGGACACAGUUGUUAAUGGAAAAAUUAAUGUGUAAGUACCAAAUAAGAAGGGCAAUCUAAUCUUUGAGAAGAUGGCAGGAUUCCUAGACAACUUCCGGUGGCCAGAAUGUGAGUGUAUUGACUGGAGUGAAAGAAGAAAUGCCAUCGCUUCAAUAGUUGCGGGUGUAUUGUUUUUCACAGGUUGGUGGAUAAUGAUAGAUGCUGCAGUAGUUUACCCUAAGCCAGAACAAAUGAACCAUGCGUUCCAUACCUGUGGGGUGUUUUCAACACUAGCUUUUUUCAUGAUAAAUGCUGUGUCAAAUGCACAGGUGAGAGGGGACAGCUACAGUGAUGGAUGUUUAGGAAGAACAGGUGCUCGUGUCUGGCUCUUCAUUGGCUUUAUGUUGAUGUUUGGUUCACUUAUUGCUUCAAUGUGGAUUCUCUUUGGAGCAUAUGUUACACAGAACACUAAUGUUUACCCUGGAUUAGCAGUGUUUUUCCAAAAUGCAUUGAUAUUUUUCAGUACUCUGAUCUACAAGUUCGGAAGAACAGAAGAGUUAUGGGGAUGAGAGAUCACAUAUAGCAUUGUCUGUUCCAUAGUUGCUAUGUCGUACUAUGUAUGUAGAUAUAUUUACAUUUAUUUGUUCUUGUUUUGCUUUCUAAAUUGUAUGAACUGAGACAAAUUACAGUUUCUGUAAUAAGCUCCUUCUUUUCACAGGACAGAUUUGUGAAUAUGUACAUAUGACUGUAUAUAUCUUAAAAAGGGAACGACAGGCUUUCUUUCUGAAAUCUUCAGGCUUAUUUCUUCAAAUACAUUGGUUUCUGUCAACUCCUAAGACUUGAUCUUAAGAUCCUAAGACCUUUACAUGUGUCAGAGACUUCAGUGGAACUAUUAGUGAAAAAGCAGGAUAAAGCCCAUACCCUGUAAAAGGGGUUAUUACUUUUACACAUAGGUGAGCUAGAGCCAAUUUUGCAAGGGCUGCCGUGUAACCUGGAGUAGUCGUCAGUGCAUGGAAGUGACCCAGCUAAGACUGUAUUUAAUGAGGGUAAAUUCUAUUGUAUGCUGAGAUAAGAGCUAAUUUUAAGAAUUUUAUAUAACUGUUCAGAAAAAUAUAAAGUAGCUGUUUUUUUGUAAAAGGUUAUGAAUUUUUAAACAAGGCCCUAUAUUAAGCAGGUUCUGCAUGGCAAAUUGAACUGUUCCUGACUUCUGAUUGCUAUAGCACAAAUGACAUUUGGUAGCACUGCAGUCCUUAGAAUUAAUUUCAUAUUGUUCAGUGUAAUAGAUACCAAUUAGUAUUU